GUGAACACAAUCAAUGAGGUGAACAUGCAUGACUUUCUACACAAUACCAUGCUGAAGUCAGCGAACCAGACCGUCUCAACCCCUCAGGUCAUCUUCUCACAUCCAGAUGGACUGACUGUGAAGGGAGACCUCCGUGUUGAGGGUGAUGUUGUACUGAACUCUGGAGGCACCAUAAAUGGAGUAGACAUCUCAGAGCUGUACAAGGACAUGGUACAUCAAGGAUGGGACGAGGACAUCUCAGGACACAAAACUUUUGCCAACAACUUAGUUGUCCAAAGUGACAUGACUAUUCCAGGGCUCAUCAAUGGAAUAAACAUCAGCGAUGCAGUCCUUCUGCACACUGAUCAGAACAUCUCUGGCCCCGUCACCUUUGCUGGAGACCUGGAGGUGGAUGGCAGUGUAGCUGUGACAGGAUUGGUGGAUGGGGUUGACGUGUCCGCACUGGCCAGUAGGGUCGUCACCCUGUCCACUGAUCAGGAGAUUUCAGGACAGGUCACAUUCAAGGACUUGGAAAUAACUGGCAGCCUGAAAGUUGACCAGACUGUGAACGGGUUCAAGUUUCCUGAAGAUUUUGUCAAUGUGGGAGAAGACCAGAUCAUCGGGGGCAAGAAGACAUUUGUAGGUGAUGUCAUCAUUGAGAAAAAUCUACAGACUGAAGAACUAUAUGGCAUCAACUUGGAUCGGCUGUAUGGAGUUGUUUACAAACACUUCAAAACACUUGAAAAGUUUCAGAGCAACACGUAUAAUGAGAGUAUAACCUUUGGUGGUAAAGUGUUCAUCCAUGGAGAUGUCACCCUGCAUGGACCUGUGGAAGGACUGAACCUCUCUGCCAUUCCUGACCUGCCAGACUUCUGUUACCCCAAACACAGUCAGCUGGGCAACUUCAGACACCAGCUUCAAGAUCUCUGUCCUGUCAUCAAUGAUCUGAUUGACAGGACAUCAGGCCUGCCUCAGCAAAUUGGUUACUUCAACAUAAUCCAGACCAUCAAAACACCCGGGGCAGUCAAAGGGUCGUUCUUCCAGCCAGACCCAAACUGGGACUACUGGUUCAUUGUCCUAACUCCUGUACCCAAUGCUGACAGAGACAGUGACCCCUGCUCAGCCAGUCUGGGGUACAUAUGUGGAGAAGGGGACCCGCACUGUCUACCUUUCCCUGAACUCAGCUUACCAACUCACAACCCCAGCAGCAUUGAGUUUUACACAGUACACGACAUGCCGUUCAUCAUCUGGCUGAACCGUGGUUCAGGGACCCUGGCCUGUCUGGACUUCCUCCCUCCUGCCUCCCCGUAUGACGAGGUGUCAGUCAUCCUCAGUCCUGUCACAGACAGCCCCAUGGUCAUCCCCACCAGGGGAGCCACCGACCUGGUCAUGUUCGGAUCGGCACGGGGAGUGUACCUGGUCGUCGCCAAUAGUUACGACGAGGAGAUAAAGUCUAGCAACACCCCAUCUGCUGUUUACAAGAUGAUAAGACAGGGAGAUGACUUUGCCUUCACCUGGGUGCAGUCCCUAUCAACGGUCGGUGCCUCUGCCAUGGACGUCCUGCAGAUGGACAGCACCACCUACCUGUGUGUGGCCAAUCAUCACGACUCGGACAGGGACACUGGACACUUGAUGUCACAAGUCUUUGUAUGGGAUUCUGCUCGAGAACAGUUCUACUUGCUCCAUGAAUUUCCCACCUACUAUGCUGUGGACUGUGAUCUGUUUGAGAUAAAAGGGAAGAUGUUUGUGGCCUGGGCACAACACAACCCCAGGGAGUCACCUGACAUGAUCUCACCUGUCAUUAUAUACAGGUUUGACAGUUUUGCAGGCCAGUUCGAGGACGUUAUUCUACAAACCCUUCAGGUUCCAGGAGCAUAUGAUGUGGAAUUCUUUUCUGCGUACGGUAACUGGUACCUGUCUGUCGUGGUGUCUGAUGGAAGGGUGCGCCUGUUUAAGUGGGCAGGUGUCAAUGCCUUCACUCAGGAUCCCUUCUACCUGGACCUACAAGGAGCACAAGACGUUGAGGUGAUGUCACACAAAGGAGAUGUGUACAUGUUGGUCCCUGCCUACUUGUCAUCUGAUUCAGGGGAAAACAUUGCCGACACCAUCCUUCUCAAGGCUUAUAUUGAGGGCAGUGGAGGGUCUGGCCUGAGUUUCCGUCCUUGUGAGGGUCCAUAACACACCAUGCUGCUGAAUCAAGAGAUACUGUGGUAUAUGUCUGUACAGGCAAUAUCUGUGUUGCAUCAGAGUAAGUGUGAAUCAGUGUGAUAUUCAUGACCUUGAUUAUGUAAGAGAUUAUUGUCGGAAAAGUACAAAAUGACAUCAUAAGAUUGAGGAAAAUGUGUGACACAUUUCAUUGUGAAUGAAAGACAUAUUCUCCAUCAGUGGUGUGUGUGUGUGUGUGUGCG